CUCCGAGAUCCUGUACCCUGUAUGCGUGUGCACCGUAACUCCGUAACAUAUAACCACCACCAAAUGAGACUGUGUGAAACACUUACGCUCGCCUAUUCGCCCACCCUCCUUUCACUAUUUCAUCUCACGCUCUCCUCCGAAAUUCCCGUUCUGUCGCACUCGCCGUUCUAUCCAUUCGCCAACUCGUCUCAUCUUCUAGUCACCCACUUAAUCAUCCAUGUAUCCUUUCUUACCACCCAAAACCGUGAAUAGAUCUUACAAUCAUCAUCCAACAGACACACCUUCAUUCCAUUCUGCAGCCAAAUCGCUAAAAAAUUCCAUAGACCGGGGUUGUGGGUAGGUCAGGAACGAGGAUUACCUGACUUGCAGCACUUGGGCAGGUACCGUGGUACAGGUGGGUGGUAUGGUUGGAACGGACCCUGUUGUGGAA